AUGGAAGAACUCACGGCAUUCGUCUCCAAGUCUUUCGACCAGAAAGUGAAGGAGAAGAAAGAGGCCAUCACCUACCGGGAGGUGCUGGAGAGCGGGCCGCUGCGCGGGGCCAAGGAUCCGGGCGGCUGCGCGGAGCCCGGCCGCGACGACCCCGCAGUCCGGGCGGCCGGCGGAGGCGGCGGCGGCGGAGGAGGAGGCGGAGGCGGAGGAGGCGGAGGAGGCGGAGGAGGUGCAGGAGGAGGAGGAGGAGGUGGAGGAGGAGGAGGAGGAGGCGGAGGAGCUGGAGGAGGGCGCUCUCCGGCCCGCGAGCUGGACAUGGGCGCCGCCGAAAGGAGCAGGGAGCCGGGCAGCCCGCGGCUCACCGAGGUGUCCCCGGAGCUGAGGGAUCGGAAAGAGGAUGCGAAAGGGAUGGAGGACGAAGGCCAGACCAAGAUCAAGCAGCGGCGAAGUCGGACCAAUUUCACCCUGGAACAGCUCAACGAGCUGGAGAGGCUUUUCGAUGAGACCCACUACCCGGACGCCUUCAUGCGCGAGGAGCUGAGCCAGCGGCUGGGGCUGUCGGAGGCCCGAGUGCAGGUUUGGUUCCAAAAUCGAAGAGCUAAAUGUAGAAAACAAGAAAAUCAACUCCAUAAAGGCGUCCUCAUAGGGGCUGCCAGCCAGUUUGAAGCUUGUAGAGUUGCACCCUAUGUUAAUGUAGGUGCUCUAAGGAUGCCAUUUCAGCAGGAUAGUCAUUGCAACGUGACGCCCUUGUCCUUUCAGGUUCAGGCGCAGCUGCAGCUGGACAGCGCCGUGGCGCACGCGCACCACCACCUGCACCCGCACCUGGCCGCGCACGCGCCCUACAUGAUGUUCCCGGCGCCGCCCUUCGGACUGCCGCUGGCCACGCUGGCCGCCGACUCGGCCUCCGCCGCCUCCGUCGUGGCCGCCGCCGCCGCCGCCAAGACCACCAGCAAGAACUCCAGCAUCGCGGAUCUCAGACUGAAAGCCAAAAAGCACGCGGCCGCCCUGGGGCUGUGA